AUGAAACAUAAAAAAUAAAUGACUUUGCAAUCAGCAAACCAUUCUAGACAAUCAUCCAUAUCAUCUCAGGGUUCUGAAAGUUCAAAGAACAAAUAUACAGGAAGCUACAUACAGAUUUCACCCAGAUUUGAUGCCAAUAAUGGUUUGGCCUUUAAGAAUGAACUAAAAGAAGUUAAAAUAACCUCUCCAAAACAUGAAUGUUUAUCACCUCAUCAAGAAAUUAUACCCCAUCAUAGAAAAUCUCAGUUAUCUUUAAAAGAGGAUCCUUUAAAAAAGAGUUAGUUUAGUAAAGUAAUCCACACAAUCGACGAAUUAUAAUGA